AAAAGUUCUAGCAGCCACUGUUGACAACUGAAUAAACAAAGUUGCUGAAAAAUGCAUCUAUCAAAAAACAUUAGCAUAAAUAUGCAACAACACUUUGGAGAAUCUAUCAAACCAAAUAACCCUCCCAAAAUGCAGUUCUUCAACUUCAUUUCCUUUGUCUUUUUUGUGUCUUUCCUCUUUUUAUUAAGGAAAUGGAAGAACUCCAAUAGCCAAACCAAAAGAUUGCCUCCAGGUCCAUGGAAAUUACCUGUACUUGGAAGCAUGUUUCAUUUGCUAGGUGGACCUCCACAUCAUGUCCUUGGAGAUUUAGCCAAAAAAUAUGGUCCACUUAUGCACCUUCAACUAGGUGAAGUUUCUGUAGUUUCUGUUACUUCUCCUGAGAUGGCAAAAGAAGUACUAAAAACUCAUGACCUCGCUUUUGCAUCUAGGCCGUUACUUUUGGCAGCCAAAAUUGUCUGCUAUAAUGGGACAGACAUUGUCUUUUCCCCCUAUGGCGAUUAUUGGAGACAAAUGCGUAAAAUUUGUCUCUUGGAAUUGCUCAGUGCCAAAAAUGUUAGGUCAUUCAGCUCAGUCAGACGAGAUGAAGUUUUCCAUAUGAUUGAAUUUUUUCGAUCAUCUUCUGGUAAGCCAGUUAAUGUAUCAAAAAGGAUUUCUCUAUUCACAACCUCUAUGACAUGUAGAUCAGCCUUUGGACAAGAAUACAAGGAGCAAGACGAAUUCGCACAACUAGUAAAAAAAGUGUCAAGCUUAAUGGAAGGGUUUGAUGUUGCUGAUAUAUUCCCUUCAUUGAAGUUUCUUCAUGUGCUCAGUGGAAUGAAGGCUAAAGUUAUGGAUGCACACCAUGAGUUAGAUGCCAUUCUUGAAAAAAUUAUCAAUGAGCACAAGAAAAUUGCAACUGGAAAGAAUAAUAAUGAAUUAGGAGGUGAAGGAUUAAUUGACGUACUGCUAAGACUUAUGAAAGAGGGAGGCCUUCAAUUCCCGAUCACCAACGACAACAUCAAAGCUAUUAUUUUUGACAUGUUUGGUGCGGGAACGGAAACUUCAUCAACCACAAUUGACUGGGCCAUGGUCGAAAUGAUAAAGAAUCCAAGUGUAUUCGCUAAAGCUCAAGCAGAGGUAAGAGAAGCCUUCAGAGAGAAAGAAACUUUUGAUGAAAAUGAUGUCGAGGAGUUGAAAUACUUAAAAUUGGUUAUCAAAGAAACUUUCAGACUCCAUCCUCCAUUUCCCCUUUUGCUCCCAAGAGAAUCUAGAGAAGAAACAGAUAUAAACGGCUACACUAUUCCUUUUAAAACAAAACUUAUGGUUAACGUUUGGGCUAUUGGAAGAGAUCCAAAAUAUUGGGAUGACGUGGAAAGUUUUAAGCCAGAGAGAUUUGAGCACAACUCUAUGGAUUUUAUUGGUAAUAAUUUUGAAUAUCUUCCCUUUGGUAGUGGAAGGAGAAUGUGCCCUGGGAUAUCAUUUGGUUUGGCUAAUGUUUAUUUGCCACUAGCUCAAUUGUUAUAUCAUUUUGAUUGGAAACUCCCUACUGGAAUCAAUUCAAGUGACUUGGACAUGACUGAGUCGUCAGGAGUAACUUGUGCUAGAAAGAGUGAUUUAUACUUGACUGCUACUCCAUAUCAACUUUCUCAAGAGUGAUGCAAUGAUAUCAACCUUUUGAAUUUCGGUCAACCCCACCAAUAGUGUAUUAAUUCUUCUCCUAGUGUUGUAGGUUUUACCUAUUUCUAUUAUAUGUAUUUUAUCAUAUAAUAAAAAUCAUGAUAGUUUUGGAUACAAGUUGUCGAAUGAGUUUUUUUGUUGAUUUCAAAUUUUUGAAUGUAAUGAAGUGGGGACACUAUACAUACUUACAUCCCUCGUAUUAUGACGAUUCAGGAGAUAAA